AUGGGCCAGUAUCCUGCGACAACUCUAGAAACUUACACGUGGACGAGAGAUAUUGCUGUCUGUCUAGCAUUGGAUCAAUUGGAGCCCACACGCUUAAGGAAAAUUAUACCCAAGAAUACACCAUACGCCGGAACACUAUACAGCUCCUUAGACUGGUGGUCUGUUUGGUUUCACCUGGUCAUUCCUUUAAGACGAAGAGCAGCAGGUUUCCAAAAAUCUAGCGCAAGAGGAACUGACCAAGCGUGUUGUUACUUCACAAAAAGGAAUUCUGAGAUCUUGUCGAUUUCCAUUACUCACCGACCAUACCCCCAAAAUUUUUCACCCUCAGCUUUCCAAAAUGGGUAUGAACGCUUUCCAAAAUGGGGAAGCAAGCUGUGGGGCAGAAGCUCAUGUGAGGGUUCAAAUUCUUCUUCAGGGGGUCCAUAUGGAUAUCCUCAGUCAUCCUAUUUUGAAGAAUAUUUCGGCUUCUGCUCUGAAACACUUGCUGCUGAGUGCGAAACUUUGGAUCAGGUGAGUGAUGCUCUUGCACGUGCAGGCCUUGAGUCCUCAAAAAUUCUUCUUGGUAUUGAUUUCACGAAGAGUAAUGAGUGGACAGGUCACAGCUCAUUUGGCAAACGAUGCUUGCAUCACAUUGGAGAUGUUUCAAAUCCCUACGAACAAGUAAUAUCCAUUAUUGGGAAAACUUUAGCUCCUUUUGAUAAGGAUAACAUGAUUCCUUGUUUUGGAUUUGGGGAUGCAUCAACAUGUGAUCGAGAUGUGUUCUCCUUCUAUCCAGAUAAGAGAAUUUGUAAUGGAUUUGAGGAAGUCUUAGGUCGCUACAGGGACAUUGUGCCUUACUUGCAACUUUCAGGGGCAACAUCAUUUGCACCUAUCAUUGAAAUGGCAAUGUCCAUUGUCAAGCAAAGUGGUGGUCAGUAUCAUGUAUUACUGAUAAUUGCAGAUGGAGAGGUCGGUGGCCUGCAGGUCCAAAAGACUACUGAAGCCAUUGUACAAACAAGCAAGCUUCCCUUAUCCAUUAUAUUAGUUGGGGUUGGAGAUGAAACCUGGGAUAAUAUGAAGGAGUUUUGUGAUAACAUCCCUGCUCGAGACUUUAAUAACUUUCAUUUUGUGAAUUUCACGGAAAUUAUGUCAAAGAAUGAGGAGACAUCCAGAAAGGAGAUAGAAUUUGCUCUUGCUGCUCUGAUGAAAAUUCCCUCUCAGUAUAGCACAACAAAAUAUCUAAAUUUGGGUUGUCAAAUAGGAAGCGUUCCUGAGAGGAUUCCCCUUCCUCCACCUGACAUUGGAGAAUCAUCUUUCAAUAGCUCACAUGUACCUCCUUGUGAAGGAGACAGCCAGCCUGUUGAUUCAGCUCUGCUUGCUAUGAGCCAAACUAUUGAAGAUCUGUUUUGUUCCAUUUGCACCUGGAAUUUAAAGGAAGUGGUCUUUGAUUGUGGACAUCAGACAUGUAGCGAAUAUUCAGACCUCUUAGCAGAUAAGCCAUGUCCAUUCUGCAGAAGGCCAAUUCAAAGCAGAACACUGUUAGGCAGCAUUAUUUGAACACCAGAAACGAGUCUCGUUGUUCUGGCUUUAGAUGUAUGAUGCAAAUAUGAGAACAUGAAACCAUCUCUUACUGGAAUUUUUUCCUUUUCAGUUAACACUUGCAGGGGCA